GUACUUUAGAUCGGUAUCGGAUUAUAUAUUUAAAAAAAAUGAAAAUAGCGAAAAAUUUCUGUUUAAAAUCUAAAAUUCAUAAAGAAAACUUUGGUAGGACCAGGCGAAAAUAUGAAAUAGUGCGCAGGCGCCAUGUGUUUCAUUCUCACAACGAAGCGUAGGCGCUCUUGUAAAAGGUGGACAUGAAACUCGCGAGAUGAGAGAAGAGUGCGGGAAUGUCAAGUGAACUAGCGAAUCAUCAGAGCCAUCUAGUGAGCCCGACAAGAGUCCGUCCUAGUAGCCCAGAAUAUUUCGAAGUAAGAAAAGUAGAUUCCGGUAUUUUAUUAAAGGUAGAUCAAUGGCAAGAGGAAAGCAAUCCACCUGGCUCCUGGUGCAGAGGUGCACAUUACCUAUCUCUUCCAGAUAGCAUCGGCUUUACAGAAGAACUAAACACCUCAUUGAAGAAAAAUAGAAUCUGGAGAGUCUGUUCUUAUCCGGACGAGAAAUUAAGAAUCGCAACGAAAAGAAGAAAAAUGUGCAUACGGCCGGAAUGCGGGAGCAAGAGCAACGGAAGUGGUAGAACGGAGGGUCGCAGGAGGCAUCAUCAUCAUCAUCACCACCAUCACCAUCAUCAUCAUCAUCACCAUCAUCGUCGUCAUUAUCACAGGCAUCAUCAUCAUUGCAGAAAGAAGCCCCCGAAUGCUACACUGUUUGCAUCUAGAACAAUUAGCAAUAAAACUUACACGAACACGCCGCUGUAUCUUCGAUAUUCAUUAGGAUCUGCAGGAACGUACGGAAAAGAUCGGAAUGCGGCAGAAGGAAGCGGUAGACGACGGUUGGUGGUCGCAGUAAUCGGUGCUGUGGCUGUAUUCAUCAUGAUGACUUGUGUGUUCUUAGUUGGAGCCACUUUAUCGUUGACUCCGGCGAUUGACGAACUGGUACGCAAGGAGACUGAUAAAAUAAUCGGAGCUCUGACAUCAUCAAUUACAAUAUCACCAGAAGGUAGAUCUAAUAACGAAACUACUGCUACAACUGUCAAACCAGGUUGAUUUUCAACGGAUAAUUUGGACAUCGAAUAAUGCUUCUUAUUAAUAAUUCAGGAGUGAUCAGAUAGCAAUAACGCUAUUAAAUAAUACACUUCACCGACUGUUUGUUCUUUAGAGAUAUUUAUCUUUAGUAUAAUUCAGGAGAGGAAAAAAUAUAAGACAAAUGAACAAUUACUUUCCAAAUUUAAAUCAUGUUUAGAUAUCAAUUUUUAAACGAAAUCUAAACAAAAAUUUAGAUUCGAAUCUUGUUACAUUCUUAAAAUUUUAUAUUAGUUUAAAUAUAUAUAUAUAAAAAUAAGCAUAUCUCAAUUAGACAAUCCUUUAAAAUAAUUGUUCAUUUGUCACACCGUUUACCUUUUUAAACGAUAUUUUAAGUGAAUAUCAAAAGAACAGUUAAUCCCCUUAAAUAUAAAAGAAUUUUGUUAAAUUUAAUCGUGACAAACCUUUUUAAAAUUAUAAAAAAAAAGAAAGAAAGAAGAAUCUGUUUAAAAUUUUAGAAUUUAAAAAUUAAUCUUUAAAUCUUUCUGAUAUAUCUGUGUUAUUUUAUUCGAUAAAGUGAUAUUAAUUGGAGCCAAUGCUCAUUAUAAUUGGAGCUUUGUACAUUUCAGAUAUACGGUAUAUAAAUUAUUAAUAAUUAAUGUAAGAGAAAUCAUUACCGAUUUUAAAUUAUCUAUGUGAUAUUUACUAAAAAUGUCAGUGAUGACAUUUAAUAUAAGCACUAAAACCAAUACAGUUUAUAUGUGAUCUCUUUUGAAUGCAUGCAUCUUUUGUAGUUAAUUCUGACUCUGCAGUCUUUUUUAAAAAGAAUAUAUAUAUUUAUUGUUAGAUUUUUCAAAAUCUUAUCAUGAAAUUAUUCAUGUAGAAAAGAAUUUUUAAUUCCGAGAAGAAACUUAACCUGACACUGGAAUAAUUAAAUUCACUUGUAUAAACAUAGAAAGGAAGCAAUGACGUGUAUUAAUAUAAAAAUUCCCUAUCUAAUCUGGUAUGAUUCAAUAAUUAAUAAUUGCUGCAAAAAAAAAUAUUGUUCACGGACUUAUAAUUUUUA